AUGGCUUUUGCUUAUAAAAAAUAUUGGUGUUAUUGUUGUAAAGAAGUGGGUCAUACAUAUGCCAAUUGUUUUUUGAAAAAAUCAAUAAAUAAAAAAUCCGAACACUUACUUUCUCAAGGAGCAUUGGAGCUUUAUAAGCAAUUACUCCCCACAGAGGAAAAUUACGUAAAAAGACGCAAAUUAGUUGUGAAGAUCAAGAAUAUUUUAAGCGAAGAAGUUUAUUUGUUUGGAUCGUCUGUGAAUCUUCUUGGAACGGUAACUUCUGAUGUUGAUAUAUGCGUUUCGACACCAAGUAGCGAAUUAGAAAAUGUAUUUACAUUGUCUGAAAUAUUACAAGAACAUAACAUGGAAAUAGUUGAGUGCGUUUCAGAUGCUAAAGUGCCUAUCGUUAAGUUUUGGGAUCCUAAUUUAAAAUUAGUAUGCGAUGUUAAUGUUAAUAAUACUAUUGGAAUAUAUAAUACGCAACUAUUAAGAAGUUAUGUUGAAAUUGAUCAAAGAAUUCGACCUUUGGUAAUGAUAAUAAAACAUUGGGCACGACAACGAGGUUUGAAUAACGCUGCUCGUGGAACUUUGUCUUCGUACACUUGGGUGUGCAUAGUCUUGAAUUUCUUACAAAUGUGUGAUCCACCAAUAUUACCAGUGCUUCAAAUUCCCGAUAUUCCUUUAAAUAAUGAGAUUGAUUUAUCAGUUUACAAUGAUAUUGAUUCAUACAAAGGAUUUGGUAAGCAAAAUCAAGAAUCGAUUGGGGGACUAUUAUUUGCAUUUUUUAAAUGUUUUGCUUAUGAAUUUGAUUAUAAGAGUAAAGUCAUAUCCCUUCGACAAGGAAAAUUCAUUACCAAGCGGGAAAAAAGGUGGGGCUAUUGGAAGCUAUGCAUAGAAGAACCUUUUGACACGUCAAGAAAUCUUGGAAAUGGUAUAAAUCAUGUUAGCUUUAAAAGGAUUAUUAAUGAAUUUCGUAGGGCUUUUAGAAUUCUCUACAAAUAUGCAAACCUUAACAUUUGUUGCAAAAUUACAUACCGAACACCAUUUGACGAUUUUUGCGAUGAAUGUGAACAAAAAGAUGGAACGUUUUUUAUUUCUAAAAAAGUUUUAAAAAAAACACAAUUAUAUUUGGAAUUAAAGAGUCGCAUUUUGGGUUCGGAUAAUUUAGAUCUGGGAUUAAUAAACCAUAUUUUAGGAUAA